AUGCCCAGCGUCUGCAUCAAGGGCGUCGCCAGGUUCCGACACGAUGGCAAAGUGUGGACUUCUCACAAUGCCUGGUGCAGUUUUACGGAAGAUAAAAAUGGCCGGCCACGCCCCAUCAAGUUUUACGGUCAAAGACCACGCAGCGGCGGCCCUUAUGCCAAGCCCUGGUUUGGAAAGCAGGAAUUGGACAGAAUGAAGAAGCAGGCGAAACGAAUGUUUCAACGCAUGGCCGAUAAACAUCAAGCGUCAGGUCAAGUGCGACAUGCUCCGGACAUGAAACCCCAUGAGGAAGGUCUUUGCGAGCGAUGUCAAGAGCUUAAAUUUCCUUGCAAUGGAAUGUUGGUUGAUGUGAUGGGCAAGCAGUUUACAAUCAACAAGCGAGACCGACUGGAGCGAAAGAAGCGCCUUCGCGAUGGCGAGAAAAAGACGUUGUAUCACCAGACGAGUCGGGACGUGGCUGAGCUCAUUAAGAAGACUCAAGAGAUGAAGCCGGGGCAGGUGGGCCUUGCUGGUGGCGGUAUAUACUUUGCAUUGUCGCCAGAGGACACACACGGCAAGGCUCAGCAUCUUGGACCCAUCCUCGAAUGCACCGUGUAUCUCGGGAAUACAAAACAACUAGGACCUAGUGGCGACCCUAGUCUUGACUUUCAAAAGCUCCAGAACGACCCAGAGGGCCCGUAUGAUUCGGUACUGAUUUUGCGAGACCGCCCAGAGUAUGUCGUCUACAUGUCUGACCAGGUGGAAGACAUUUGCUAUCACAACUGA